AUGAACCAACCAAAGAAUGAACAUGAUGAUGGCGCCACGACUACUACUACUCUUUUGAAUCGUCAUCGAUCCAUGGAGAGUCCAACAACAACAACAAUAACAUGUACAAUAACCUCUUCAGAGGAUCGGAAACCAUUAUCAGCUGCUGUACAGACCUUCCGAUCCACUCUAAACUCCUCGAAUAUACUCUCUCCGAACGACCCUACCAUCCUCAUCAUCCACAACAAUGCUGAACAACCUUUGCAACCUUCUUCAUCCACCAAGCAGCAAAGAAAGGUGUCAUCAUCCUAUUCCUCCUCAUCAUCCUCAUCCUCAUCAUUACCACCUCAAACGAAUUCCCCUCCUGCCGUCGAUGCAUCCUCAUCAUCCUCUUUACUUGCUUCCCCACGAAUUGUAAUAUCUCCAAUGAUGACCACCAACAGUCAAAAUAGAAGUAGUAAUAGAAGUAGUAAUAGAAGUAGUAAUAGAAGUAGUAAUAGUAGUAAUAGUAGUAAUAGUAGUAGUGGUCACACUCCCUCCACCAUCAACAACAACAACAACCAACAUUCCACAAAAUUAAGACUCUCACAAAAUAAUCAUCCAUCAAAUUUUCUUUCUCCCCUCUCUCUUCAUACAUCAAGAGCUAGAAGAAGAUCAUCCGUUGAUCGACAAAUAGCCAUGCUUACAGCUCAUGAAAUGGCCAAGUUACAAAAUACUGAAUCAUUACAAAGCAAUAGCAAUAACAAUGAAGGAAGUGAAGAUGGAUCGGAUGAAAGGAGUACAAGAAUUGAAAUAACAACCAUAAAUGGUAAUGGGAAUGAUGAUUUUGAUUCAUCGACAAGUGAUAAUGACAAUGGUAGAAGUGACACAAGUAGUGAUGAUGAUCUAAAUGAUUCUGAACAAGGUCAACAACCUAGAUACAAAUCGAUUCUAUCCUUUUUGACAUCAAAGUAUUCCAAUGAUUUGACUUGUGAUGUCAAAGAUAUUGCACAGUUUUUAGAUCGUUUGAAUUUAUCAUUUAUGAGAUUGAAAGACAUUCCUAAAGACCUUGUAUUAUUUAAGAAUUUAAUUGAACUUAAUUUAUCUCAUAAUCAUUUAAGAACAUUGAAUGCCAUGCUCAUCGUUGAAUCAUGUCCAAAUUUAGUAGUAUUGGAUGUAUCGUGCAACAAGAUACAAAACAUGGAUCGGAUUAGAGAUUUAUGUCAUUUAAAAAAAUUACAGAGUCUCAACAUUUCAAACAAUCCCAUUCGAUGUAUUGAUAAUCGAGUGGUACUGUUACAGAAACUAUUGCAUUUCAAAACAACUCAACCACAAGUAUCUUCUAGAAUUACAACUAGUACUACAACUAUUCAACCCCAUGUGAGAAGUAACAGUGUUGGUAGUAGUAAUAGUAGUAGUAAUAGUAGUAGUAAUAGUAGUAGUAAUAGUAGUAAUAGCAUCUCAAAGAAUGCCGCCGAGUUCACUCUUCCCACAAUUCCUCCUAUUCUCACCACAAGUGACCUUCCAACUGCCACCACCAGAAUCAACAUCACCACCACUCUGAAUAGAAACAACAGUAAGAGCAAUCAUAAUGAUGGAACCAAAUUACAGACUAAUGACAAUAAUAAUCCAGUAUUCAUUGCUAGUUGUAGGAGUGAACAAUGGUAUGAUGAUACUACAAACAAUAGUCCAUCCUCAUCACCUCAUUCAUCUUCUCCAAGGUAUCCUACCACUACUGACCACGUUGGUGGUGGUGUUGAGGGUGGAAAUGGUGGUGGUGCUACUGGUGGUGGUUAUGCUAGUGCUCCUACUAGGAGUGAUGGUCAUUCCAAAAGUGACUCGAUCGUUUCAACAACAAGUUUAAACACUUUCAUGUUACACACUGAAAGUAGUCUAAAAAAAGAUUCUAAAAAAUCCAAACUCAAUCCCAUUCUUGAAUCUCAACUCACUCUCAAUAAGAUUAGAAAAUCUAAAGAAUUAUUAUCAAGUAUUAGAAAAUGGAAUGAAAAAAGAAAUGCACAAGAACAAUCUUCAUCGUUACAACAAUUAAGAAUGUCUCCAAGAAAGAAAAUAUUACAAACAGUGAAUACUCAUACACCUAUUGAUAUGACACCAUUUGUUCAAGCCAUUAAAAGUUAUCGUCCAAUGAGUGCAAUGACAAGUAGUAGUAGCAGCAAUAGUACUACUGUUGGAAAGACUCUUAUAUAUACUACUCCUACUACUACUGGUGGUGGUGGUGGUUCAUCUUCUACUACUCCUACUACUAUUAGUGGUACUGUUGAAAAGAAGUGUCAUGGCAUGAACAUGGAUUUAAAAAGUGUGAGAAACAAUCUCCAUUCACCAUUUCCAUCUCUUCAAAUUUUAAAUGGAAUUUCCAUAACACCUGAAGAAUAUCUAUUAUCAUUGCAUGAAGAGAUUUAUGAUACAUGUGCAUCAUCUAAUGACAAUUCCUCUUUGAAUCAUUCAUCCACUCAAAAAUCACUCAUUCUCAAAGAUAAUACCAAAGUGGUCAAAAGAAAAUUAGAAUUUGAUACACAGAAUAUUGAUUUUACAAAUCACAAGUUUUCAUUCGAUGCAACCAAAAAAUUAAUGAAAAGACAAUCUGAACAGAUGAAAAAAGAAACUCGAAAGGAUUCUUCUUCAUUCUAUCAUUCCAUCAAGAAUUUGACAUGUGAAGAAUUUGUCAAUGAACAACACUCCACUGAUGAUGAAUUUGUUGUCGAUGAAAGUGAGGAAGAAGAAUUGUCAAGAAAGAAACAACAUUCUCAAACAAAAUCCUCUCAAUUAUUGAAUUCCUCACAAACCAACGAGCUCAAUCAUUCAACCUUAAUGCCUAAAAUUAAUUUUUCUGAUAUUAUUAAGAAUGAAUUUUAUCAAAAUAGAAAAAUUGUUGAUGAAAUUAUGAAUACAAAAAGAAAACGUGUCAUUGAUUUUAGACCUUUUAAGGAACAACUGUUAGACUUGACUCCUGAACAAAUCGAAUUGAAAUUUAAAAGAAUUGAGAUGAAAGAAAAUAUUUCCAAGUAUAGAGAUCAAAUUUUACACAAAGUAGAUGACAAGGAUUUAGCACUUUCGAAAUUGAAACAAGAAUAUGAAGAAUCUAUGCAAAAAAAUCCAAAACAAGACAAGUUGAAACAUUUAUUAGAGGGUGAUGAGAUUAGUUUGUAUGUCCAUAAAAUUGAGGAACAGAAAAAACACAAAAGAUCCAUCAAUUCCUUUGAUCUUUCUAUUGGUGACUCCACUCAGAAAUCACGAGGUGAUAGUAGUAGUCCAUUCUUGGACAAGUUUUCAUUGGGUUGCAGGUGCUUGGAAGAGCUUUCAAUGAUUAAUGACCACUUUGCUUCAAGACAAGAACACCAAUUAUCGGACACUCGAAAAGAUCUCGAGGAGUUGAAAGAGCUCAAAAUUACCCGCAAGAAAUAUUCAAUUGAAGGAAAAACAUGCACCAUUGAUGGCAAGACUUUUGUCUUUUCCAAUAUGUUUGUUUAA